AUGGGCACCAAGGGAAAAAUCAUUAAAUGCAAAGCAGCUAUCGCCUGGGAAGCAAACAAGCCCCUCAGCAUUGAAGAGGUUGAGGUAGCUCCCCCUAAGGAUCAUGAAGUUCGAAUCCAGAUAAUUGCCACCGCCCUGUGCCAUUCUGAUGCCCAUAUCCUCCAUCCUCAAUUUGAAGGGGGGUUUUUCCCAGUGAUCCUUGGCCAUGAGGCUGCAGGAAUUGUGGAAAGUGUUGGGCCAGGAGUGACCAACUUCAAACCAGGUGACAAAGUAAUUCCACUCUACGCACCUCAGUGUGGAAAAUGCAAGUUCUGUCUGAGUCCACGCACAAAUUUUUGUGGAAAACUCAAGCAUUUUAAAAAUCCUAUGGGUGAUCAAAAAUUAAUGGAAGAUGGAACUAGUAGGUUUACCUGCAAAGGAAAACCAAUUUACCAUUUCAUGGGGACCAGUACCUUCAGUCAAUACACUGUGGUCUCAGAUGUCAACCUUGCCAAACUAGAUGACGAUGCCAAUUUAGAGAGAGUUUGUCUGCUUGGAUGUGCAUUUUCAACUGGCUAUGGAGCUGUCAUCAACAAUGCCAAGGUCACACCUGGUUCUACCUGUGCCAUCUUUGGCCUAGGAGGUGUCGGUCUCUCUACUGUAAUGGGUUGUAAAGCAUCAGGAGCUUCCCGAAUCAUAGUUAUUGACAUCAAUAGUGAGAAGUUUACAAAGGCCAAAGCCCUUGGAGCCACUGACUGCCUCAAUCCUAAAGACCUAGACAAACCCAUUCAAGAGGUCAUCGUUGAAAUGACCAAUGGAGGUGUGGAUUUUGCCUUUGAGUGUGUAGGAGGAGCUAAAAUCAUGAGAGCAGCCCUGGACAGUGUAACAGUAGGCUGGGGAGUGUGCACUAUCAUUGGAGUAAACGUUGGUGACAAUGGACUGAAUGUUUCUGCAGUGGAGCUAUUAAUGGGCCGUACUCUAACUGGAACAAGCUUUGGCGGUUGGAAAGGUGUCACUUCUGUUCCAAAGCUGGCUGCUGACUACAAGAAUAAGAAAUUGGAUUUGGAUGCAUUGGUGUCCCAUACCCUACCUUUUGACAAAGUCAAUGAGGCAUUUGACCUAAUGUACCAAGGAAAAAGCAUUCGGACAGUCCUGCUCUUUUGA